CGGCGCUGUUAUUCAGACACAGACGCACGAAACGGAUAAAAGUGUUUUCUAUAAUAUGAUGAUUUAUACAUGCAUUAUUUACGCAAAGUACGUAACGUUGGCGUAUGUGCAUAUUCUGUAAAUGUGGAACGCUGCUGCUGCUGUUUAUUUAACGAACUACUGAGUGUUGAGUUGAUUUCUUGUGGAUUACAGAGGCGGGGAAGAGGCAGCCUACAGUAGGUGUAGUACUCUGGACUGGGGUUGGUUAGUGCUGAAACCGUCAAAGCGGAAGGAAACCGGAUACAUACGUGCACUGAAACACGCUGGAGAUCAUCAGGAUUAUCUUUAUAGUUAUGCGCCUGCAUUUUAAAGUCCCAAAGCCUAUAGGAACUGAAGUGUAUGAAGAAAAAAGUGUCAUGUAAGAACAUUCCGUAAGCUUCCUAUCGAUGAGACAAUAAAUGAAAUGGCAGGAUCAGACAGUUUAACUGUCCUACAGAGCUCUGCGCUUGUGGCCCCUGUCACUGCUCUGGAGUUUGUUGGAGAGGACUACUUGUUGACAGGUGAGGGACCCAUUCUCUCCGUCUUCUGUCUCCAAGCUUCACCGACACAACAUGCUUCACUUAGUGUUCUGCAUAACUACCGUAUCCAUGGAAUACGGCCCAAGCUGCAAAAUAAUGAUAGUCAUGUCACUGUUCCUGAAUUGGUGGAACUAGUUAUUUUUGGUGGGAAAGGAGUGCGCCUUGUUAACGUCAGGCCUUGUGGCCUUAGUUUGGAGGUGGCUGGCCCUCUGUUGGAGCUCCAGGAUUGGGUGCUGGAUGCUUCUUGGCUAACAGGGGAGACCAGAUCAUUACUCGGCAUGUGUCUGGCUCACAACUCUGUGCUGCUUUUCGAACCACAAUCUGGAAACAUCUUGUCCCUUUGCUCCUGUGUAGAGGUGUGCCUUCUCUACUCUGCACUUCUGAUUGGUCCAAGCUGGGAGUCAUCAGUGCUGGUCGGGGGGACCGUUUUCAACCAGCUUGUCAUGUGGAGACCUGGAGGGACCAAAGGAGACAGCCAGUCCCAAGUAGAGAGACGCCUGCUGGGGCACAGUGGUGUGAUUUUCAGUCUGUGCUACCUCCAGAGCGCCAGAUGGUUGGCUUCUGCCUCAGACGAUCGUAGUGUUCGUUUGUGGAACGUUGGCGUUCUGGGUGCAGAUGGAGGGUGUGGAGUAGAAUCACCCACAUGUCUGCGAGUUCUCUACGGGCACCAGGCUCGUGUAUUCUGCGUCAGGCUCUCACCUGGCUGUGUGUUCAGUGCUGGGGAGGACGGUGCUUGCCUACUGUGGGAAUGGGAAGGGAAUGGUAGAGUGGGUCGAACGUUAAAAGGUCAUAGAUCUGGUGGGAUCCGAGCACUAGCUGUGAGUAAAGGGGGUGGAUGGGUGGCUACAGGAGGGGCUGAUGGGGGAAUACGGGCAUGGAGAGUUUUGGAGGGUACCAGACAGGUGACACAAAGCAAAGAGAGAGAUGGCCAGAUAGAUUUGGGCUUCAGUGGGCGAGGUUGUCCAAAGGUUGUGCGUUCAGUAGGAGGCCAUGAUGCUGUGCUUGUUUGUACUGAUCAAGGAGAAGUGUUUUUGCAUCAGGAUGAAUCAUGGCAGACAGUUUGGAAUGGUGGUCCAGAAUUUCAGUCCUACUGUGUGAUGGAAGUAGCACAUGUCCAGUUCCAGGAUGCCUCUUUGUGGGUGUGUGCAGUAGGUAAUCUUAAUGGAGGGGUUCAGGUCUUUGCUCAACACCAUCCAAAUUCAGGUGUAUUACUUCAAGCAGGCCAGGGGAAGGUUCAUGCUUUGCAAUGGGUGGAAGGGAAUCCUUUGUGUCUAUUGGCUUCUGGUGCUGAAGGACUGGUAUAUAGAUGGAUAGUAGAGGUGGAAGAUAAUGAAACAGGCUUAGGUUUAAGAUUGGAGGAGCUAAACUGUUUCCUGUUGCCACCCUGUGCCAAGAGAUGGCUUUCUGCUGCAGUCAGGGUUCCACAUGAAAAGGGAUCACUGUGGGUGUGUGGAGACCGCCGUGGUUCACUGCUGCUCUACAGAGAGAGGGAAUUGGGUGAAGAGAGUGAAGUGGGUCAAGAGAACAGUGAAGGAGGGAAUGAUGAAGAGCAAGGAGUUUUGAGGGAUGAGAACAGAUGCCUGGAGAGUGUUGUGAAUGACACUGCUGCUCCUAUUUCCCCUGUCAACACACUGUUUGGUGUCCAUGGGAAGCAAGGUGUGACAAGUGUAUGUGAGCAUCGGGGUUUGUUUUACAGCACAGGGCGGGAUGGGUGUGUGCGGGUCCUGACAGUAUACAGGAACACUCUAAAGGUGCGACGUGUUCAUCGUGCCAGCAAAGGAAUGGAGUGGCUAGAAAAGGUCUUCUUUCUGGAUUCUGAUAUAUCUGAUGUUUAUGAGGUCAGCAAGAGAAGCAAACAAGAAGACAGUGAGGAGGAAGAGAGGAGUAUUACAGAAAGAGCACUUGAGAAUGGAAGAAUUGGCAGAAAAGAGAGAGAUGGAUUGAAUGAAGAAGCUGAAUUGAAGAAGGCUAUGGGAAACGAAUUUGAAGAUGGUGGGAGUCAAAGUGUUGCUGAAGCCCAUUUUAUAAUGGUUGGCUUCCACUCUAUCCAGUUUGUUCUGUGGGAUCCAUUGAGACGAGAGAAACUUUUCUCAGUGGUAUGUGGAGGAGGACAUAGGUCCUGGGCUUACAUUUCCCCUUCUCAUGCUCAAACACUCCCAUCCUCACACAGUCUCGGACAAGGUACGCUGAUCUUCAUCAAGCAAGGAGCUGUCAUGGCUUCUCGUUCCUUGACUUCCACAGCGACCCAUGUAAGAGGACACACCCUGAAGGAAGGACUUCAUGGCCGAGGCCUGAGUUGUAUUUGCCGCCUUGGUAGUGUUUCCAGAGGUGGAGCACCAUCUGAGGAGUGGGAGGUGCUAGUUACCGGUGGCGAGGACACCACAGUAACCGUGCUUGCGGUUGAACCUGGACAUGGCACGGUGAAAGUGCUCACUGUUUUAGCUGACCACAUCUCAAACAUUCGGACACUGACUACUGUCCAAAGAGAACCGAGACAAGAAGGAACUUGGGACAAGAGGACAAAUGCAUCAUCAUCUUCGUUCUCAACACUGCUCUUUUCUGCUGGUGGGAGGGCUCAACUGCAGUGCUACCGGCUCCUGAUUGGCUGGGAUGAACAGGUGAACUGGCCUGUUUGUCAGGUGACUCAGGUUGCUGGUCAUAGAUUGGAUGAGCAAUGGGAGAGAAGACGGAAUCGCCACAAGACCGUAAAAAUGGACCCUGAGACAAGGUACAUGUCAAUGGCUGUGGUGCAUGAAAGCAUAGACGAGAUUCUCCUGACACUCGCCUGCAGCGAUGGAGCAGUAAGGCUUUUCACUGUGGGAGAGGACAGCAGGAAGGUUGAGCUGCUCUGGGAGAAUUUUUACCAUCAGCGGUGUGUGCUUAGUGUUGCCUCUUAUAGCCUUGAAGACCCACAGGGCAAGCAGCAUGUGUUGUUGUUUAGCGGGGCUACAGAUGGUGCUGUAGCUCUGUGGGAUCUGACUCCAGUGUUGGACAGUAAAUCCAAGGACAGCUGGCACGGUCCAUCUGCUCCUUGCUUCUCUCUCCCUGUUCAUCAAAGUGGAGUAAACACCAUUGUAAUAUCUAAUGAAGUGGGACAAAUGGACAAAGACAUCAUCACUGUAGCUAGUGGUGGAGAUGAUGGACAGCUGUCACUGAUAAAGAUUCGAAUGCAACUCCAUCAAAAGGUCAUGUAUCCAGAGCUGCUCUCUCAUCGGACAGUAGCAUUAGCACACUCUGCCCCACUAACAGGCCUGAGUGCUUUUAACUGUACAACACUGGUGUCCACGUCUCCAGACCAGCGCGUGUGUGUGUGGCGUGUCUGCUGUGACGGACUUUGGCAACAAGUGACAGUGUUCUCACACACUGCAGAUGCUGCGGGAUUGUGGGCUUGGCACAAGAAGGGGUCAGAUUUACAGAGUAGAGACUAUGUGGUGGUUUGUGGGCAGGGCUUGCAACUCUUGAAAUUAACGGCAGAGAAUGAUCCAGAGAGAAAAAGAAAAGAAGAGCAGCGACAGAAAGUGAUAUUUGAAGACCGGUUUGUCAAAAUAUAAGCUGUUAAAAUAUUAAUUAGCUGAUUCAGAGGACUGACCAAAGCAAACACAGACUGAAUUUUACUGUAUCUUUUGAACAUUGAAAAUAAAAGAUAUUUUAGUUUACGAUAA